UCUGGUUGAAAAUUAAAACCCGAAUACAGUUUUUUAUUUAGUCGCAAACGCACCGCUAUGUGGUGUUCCCUUAUAGCCAUAUCACACGAUUCAAAAUCACAAACAGACAAAACACAAAAAAAAACAGAUAUAAUGGCUCUUUGACCCUUUUGAGCUGAUCAGAAAAAUCAACCAAAACGCCAAUAAAGAGGACAACAACACAAACACAAAACAUCAAAGGUAAAGAAGAAGAAAAAGAAGAUGAAGAACGGUCUGAUAAUCAUAAACUGUGUUAUUCUCACUAUAGGAACAUGUGGUGGUCCGUUGUUAACUCGUCUCUACUACACCAAUGGUGGAAAACGAAUCUGGUUCAUGAGCUUUCUCUCAACCGCUGGUUUUCCAGUCAUCCUCAUCCCUCUCUUUUUCUCCUUCCUUAGCCGUCGCAACCACAACCACAACAACUCUGAAACCGCAGAAAAAACUAAGCUUAUCCUCAUGGAAACUCCUCUGUUCAUCGCAUCCAUCGUCAUAGGAUUGCUCACCGGACUUGACAACUACUUAUACGCAUACGGGUUAGCUUAUCUGCCAGUUUCAACUUCAUCUCUCAUUAUAGGAACUCAGUUAGCUUUCAACGCUCUCUUUGCUUUCUUCAUGGUCAAGCAAAAGUUCACUCCCUUCUCUAUAAACGCCGUCGUUUUGCUGACGGUGGGCAUUGUAGUCUUGGCCUUGCACAGCAAUGGAGACAAGCCGGCUAACGAGACUCACAAGGAGUAUGUGGUUGGAUUCUUGAUGACUGUGAUUGCAGCUGUCUUGUACGCUUUUAUAUUGCCACUCGUUGAAUUUACUUACAAGAAAGCUCGACAAGAAAUCACUUUCCCACUUGUGCUCGAGAUUCAGAUGGUCAUGUGCAUCGCGGCUACUUGCUUCUGUGUCGUUGGCAUGAUCAUCGACGGCGAUUUCAAGGUGAUAUCAAGAGAAGCAAGAGAGUUCAAGAUUGGAGGAUCAGCGUUUUACUACACGUUGAUUGUGAUCACAGGGAUAGUGUGGCAAGGAUUCUUCUUAGGAGCCAUAGGGGUUGUGUUCUGUGCGUCGUCUCUAGCUUCUGGCGUUCUCAUCAGUGUUCUGCUUCCGGUGACGGAGGUUUUGGCCGUGAUUUGUUUCCGGGAGAAGUUUCAGGCAGAGAAAGGUGUCUCUCUCUUCCUCUCCAUAUGGGGAUUCGUCUCUUACUUCUACGGCGAGUAUAAAUCCGGCAAGAAAGUUCUCGAGAAACACCAGCCGCCGGAGACAGAACUGCCUUCUCUUCAAGUUAGUGAUUCUGUUGCUUAAAGGUCUUUUGCUUAUCUACAAGAGAGCAUUAUGGUUAUGAACUUUGGAUUGAAAAGAAUAAGUUAGAGCAACUUUUUCUAUCUAUUAUGUGUAUUUUUUUGUGUGCUCUAUCUAUUAUGUUUGUGCAUUUUUCAGUGAAAUUGUUAAUGGUCUUUUGUAUAAUUAAACAUGUUACAAAACUGUAUGUUAUAGAAAAGCAAAGCACACCAAAUGAUUGUGUAUAUAUAUGUUUUU